AUGGAGUUUGUUCCCGCUCCCGCAGUACAUCGUGUACUUUGCGCUGACUGCGGAACUCCCAUCGUACCCAACUCUGCAAAUCUCUGUGUUGCCUGCUUGAGGAAUACCGUAGACAUUACGGAGGGUAUACCAAAACAAGCCUCCGUCUCAUUUUGCCGUAAUUGUGAACGCUUCCUUUCGCCACCCUCAAGCUGGGUCAUCGCCCGCCCCGAAUCCCAAGAGCUCCUCGCUAUCUGCCUCAAAAAGCUCAAGGGCCUGAACAAGGUCCGCCUCACCGAGGCGCAUUUUAUCUGGACAGAACCCCACUCGAAACGCCUCCGUGUCUCAUUGACCAUCCAGAAAGAGGUCCUCACCGCGACAAUCCUCGAGCAAGUCUUCGAGAUCGAAUAUCUCGUCCAGUACGGCCAGUGCCCUGACUGCACGAAGCUCGCUGCAAAGAACACAUGGAAGGCGUUAGUGCAGGUCCGGCAGAAAGUCCCACACAAGCGAACGUUCCUCUUCCUCGAACAGCUCAUCCUCAAGCACGGCGCGCAGAAGGACACAAUAUCGGUGAAGGAGGUGCGCGAUGGGCUCGACUUCUUCUACAGCUCGCGGAGUCACGCGCAGAAGAUGGUCGAGUUCCUCAGCGGGGUCGUUCCCGUACGAUCAAAGGCGUCCGAGCAGCUCCUCUCCGCCGACACGCACACCAAUACCGCGAACUUCAAGUACACGUAUUCGGUCGAGAUCACGCCCAUCUGUAAGGACGAUCUCGUCUGCGUCCCGCCCAAGCUCGCGCGCUCCUUGGCGAACAUUUCACCCCUUACACUAUGCGUGCGCGUCGGGAACUCGCUCCACCUCAUGGACCCCGCGACGCUCCAAUCCGCUGAAAUCACCGCCCCAAUAUACUGGCGCACCCCAUUUGAGAGCCUUGCAAGCGUCACGGACCUUGUCGAGUUCACCGUGCUCGACGUCGAGCCCUCGGGCGCGACGCGCGGCAAAUGGGUCCUCGCGGACGCGCAGGUCGCCCUUUCCGGCGCGUUUCGUUCGCAUGGGGCCGCUGGGGCCGGGGAGGAUGACACGAUGGACUACGAGGGCGGGGGCGACCAGAUCUUCCACACGCGCACGCACCUGGGCGGGAUCUUGCAGCCGGGAGACAGCGCGAUGGGCUACUUCUUGACGAACGCGAACUUUAACUCCGACGACUUCGCGGCGCUCCUAAGUCAUCGCGUGCCUGACGUCGUGCUCGUGAAGAAGGCGUACCCGAAUCGGCGCAAGAAGAACAAGCCGCGUGGGUGGAAGCUCAGGAGCAUGGCCAAGGAGGAGGGCGAGGAGGGCGAGACCGGUGGUGGCCGUGGCGUCGUCGGGAGGAUGGGCGGACGGGACCAGAAGAAGGUCGAGGAGGAUUACGAGCUGUUCUUGCGGGAGUUGGAGGAGGACGAGGAGAUGCGCGGGGCGGUCAACCUCUAUCGCGCGCAGAAGCCUGGGGCUGGGUCAGGCUUGGCAGGCGGGAAGACGAGGAGGAAGGGGCAGGGGCAGUUCGAUAUGGACGUGGACGAGCACGCGUCUGCGCCGGAUGCUGGGACAGAGACGGACGCGGAGGAGGAGCCGGACUUCCCCCAGGUGAAGCUGGACGAGCUACUGGAGGAUUUCGACGAUAUGACUUUGGAGGACUCGGCAUAA